UUUGCACAUUGACCAUUGAACGCGUUAGACUCUGCAAAGCUCGACCCUUUAGGGUUUCAUCAUCCUUCUAGAGAGGGAAAUUACACAAGAAGAAGAAGAAGAAGAUGAGUCAGAUGACGUUGAGGGUGGACUUUUCUGGGAGCUUAGUCCCACCAGUCAAGGCGUGAUUUUUUACCAAUUCCCUCUCUCUUUUCCUUGUCUUGCUUUCUUUGUGCUUAAUUGAUUUUCUUGUUGGAGCGUUCAAACCCGGAAGAGAAAUUAUUGUUUUUUGUUGGGGGAGUUUGAAUUGAGCUUUGAGAGUAUACCAAGGUUCACUUUUUGUCAGAAUUCUGCUUCCUUUGUGGGGUUCUUUUGCUUUCUGGGUUCUGCGGAGUGGAAUCUGGUGGGAGAUUUCAGAGUUAUCAUUUGGUAUAAUUCAAGCAUCUGAGGCUUGGGAUUUGAAGGAGUUUUGGGUUUCUCUGAGCAAAGAAAAGGGUAUGUUUUUCUGCUUCUGAAUCUCAGCUCUAUUGGGUUUUGAUAUUUGUUACUUCUGGUGGGGUUGAUUUGUUCUAUGCUUGCGUAGCUGUGAAUUAUUCAGGGUUGUUUUGAGCUUGAAUGUUGAGGUUCUGGGUUUUGUUUGAAGCUUUGAAUGGUUUUGUUCAGUGUGUGGGUAUAUAGAGGAACUAAGUAUUUGGUUUGCGGAAACAGUUGGUAUUUGAGCUUGGAUUACACGAAAGAUUGCUAGUGUUUGCGCUUUUUGGUACUGCUUGGAGCUUAUGAAUGGUUUGAAUUAGGGCGACCUUUCAAAAAGCGAUAUUUCUUUGUUCAAGUGAUAUUGUGUUUGUAUUUUACCAAAUGGAUAACUCGAAGAACCGGCAUAAUGAGCAUUUGGGUGUGAAUAAAAUGGGGAAGAAUAUAAGGAAGAGUCCCUUGCACCAGCCAAAUUUUGCAAAUAAUCCUGCUAGGCAGCAACCUCAGCCUCAGGUUUACAACAUAAGCAAGAACGACUUUCGAAAUAUCGUUCAGCAGCUCACUGGUUCACCUUCUCAUGAACCUGCACCUAGACCUCCCAGCAACCCGCCUAAACCCCCGAGUAUGAGGCUACAGAAAAUUCGGCCUCCCCCUUUAACGCCCAUCAACCGAGCUCACAUACCCUCUCCAGUUCCGCUCCCUGCAGCCCCUCCCCCAAUGGUGUACAAUCAUAACUAUGUUAGAUCUGGUCAGUUUGGACAGCCAUCGCCCACGCCUUUGCAGCCAUUGACACCUGGGGACUCAUUCUGGGGAAAUACAGCCGAGUCUCCUAUCUCGGCUUACAUGCGUUACCUUCAAACUUCGAUGAUGGAUCCAGGUUCAAGGGGCAACCAAGCUCAAGGGCAGGCUCAACCACAACUGCAAUUUCCAGGUCAAAUGCAGGUUCCACCGCAGUCAACUGCUUUACUUCCUAAUCCUCGCAUGCCUGCUCUCCCUUCCCCAAGAAUGAAUGGUCCAAUCCCACCUAUGCCUAAUCUCCCUUCCCCACAAGGGAACGGUCCUGCCCUUUUACCCUCUCCAACUUCUCAGUUCCUCUUGCCAUCCCCAACUGGUUACUUCAAUUUGUCAUCACCUCGAUCGCCUUAUCCAUUGUUCUCGCCUGGGAUUCAGUUUCCUCCACCUUUGACACCCAAUUUUGCAUUUUCACCCAUGGCUCAAUCAGGGAUUUUAGGUCCAGGGCCUCAACCUCCACUUUCUCCUGGCCUAUUUCCAUUAUCUCCUUCAGGGUUCUUCCCCAUGCCAAGUCCAAGAUGGAGGGACCAAUAAUCCUUUUCAUAGCAUCUUUACCCAUGAGCAUGUAUGUUGCUUGAUCAGAAGUGCUUUUAUCUUUCCGUGGACUCAUCUACUUCUCGUAAGACCUUCUCUUGUGAAAAUGCAAUGGACGCUGCUGAUCUUGUUUUGUUAUAUAGAAUCUGUACCAGCUGCAAUCUUUUGUUUUCUGGACAAGUUUUAUAUUAGGCAAUGUAGUGAAGACCAGACAAUUCAAUUGGACAAUUGGACAGAGCUGUAACAUGAAAAGAGGUAGAAUUUUAAUGUAGGCUAUCUAGUUUAAGAAUUAUCGUGUUUUUGUAAUAUCUUGACUGUAAUCUUUUUUAGUUUGAAGUGAAAUUCAUCUUCAGUUAAUAGGCCUGUGGCUGUAAUUCUCAAACUGCUGGUUUAUUAAUAAAGGUUUAUAAUGUUUGAGCA